GGUUAGUUGUUUUUGGGGCUUUUUUAUAAGAGUAUCCAACUGGGUUGUCAGUUAUCAGUCCGAAAACUCUCCAUUUUUGUCCAAGAAUUUCUUCUUACUUUCCCCCUCAAUCUUUCUUGUACCUGGAAACCCAGAAAAAGACUUGUCUUUUUUUACCUCUUAAGGCCAAGGAGUGCAUCAGCCCUGACUGUUCCGUUUGCAGGUUACAGAUUUUUGUUAGGAUCGAUGGGGGAGAGCUGCUGUAUGAUUAAGAAUGAUGUUACUGAAUUAAUAGGAAACACUCCGAUGGUAUACUUGAACAAUAUUGUGGAUGGUUGUGGGGCACGAAUUGCGGCCAAGCUUGAGAACAUGGAACCUUGCUCUAGUGUUAAAGACAGGCAUGCGACUAUAUUAUACAUGCUACAACUUGCUUCGAUUGCACAUAGUAUGAUCAAAGAUGCCGAGGAUAAAGGCCUCAUAACACCAGGGAAGUCGGUGCUAAUUGAGCCUACCAGCGGCAACACAGGCAUUGGAAUGGCAUUCAUAGCAGCAGCAAAAGGUUACAGAGUUAUUCUUGUCAUGCCAUCUUCAAUGAGCAUUGAGAGAAGGAUUGUCCUUUUGGCCCUUGGAGCUGAGGUUGUCCUAACAAAUCCAGCCAAGGGCUUUAAUGGGGUCUUGGAGAAGUCUGAAGAGAUACUAAGCAAGACCCCAAAUGGUUACAUGCUUAGGCAAUUCGAGAAUCCUGCGAAUCCAAAGAUCCAUUACGAAACUACUGGACCGGAGAUUUGGAGGGAUUCGGCGGGCAAAGUUGAUGCAUUGGUUUCUGGUAUAGGGACUGGAGGUACUGUGACUGGAGCUGGCCAGUUCCUCAAGGAGAAAAACCCAGAUAUCAAGGUAUAUGGUAUAGAGCCGGUGGAAAGUCCUGUCUUGAAUGGAGGAAAGGCUGCUCAACAUAAGAUCCAAGGAAUUGGUGCUGGGAUCAUCCCUCCAGUAUUGAAUCAGGAUUUGCUUGAUGAAGUCGUUACGGUGUCAAGUGAAGAAGCCAUCGAAACAGCCAAGCUGCUGGCUUUGAGAGAAGGGUUGCUGGUUGGGAUAUCAUCAGGUGCUGCAGCUGCUGCUGCAAUCAAGCUGGGGAAGAGGCCUGAAAACAGCGGCAAACUCAUUGUUGCAAUCUUCCCUAGUGCUGGCGAGCGGUACCUGUCUACUGCACUAUUUGAAUCCAUUAGGAGUGAAGCAGAAAAGAUGACCAUACAGGACUGAAAUUGGCCGCUUCAAGUUUGGAACAAGUUUCCACUCUUUCUCCUGAGCAAGGUGUGUCUUUGCUUAAUACACACCUUGUGGAACUUCUGGCGCCAUUGUCAUUUGACCGAAAAUUCUGAUUUCUUCGUUGAAAGUUUCCGAGUCCAAUUUGUUUGGUGUACUCUUUAUAGGAGAAGUUUCCAUUGUUACCUCUGGACAUUGCAGUUAAUAAGAGACGUUCGUUUAUCAUUAAAAAAAAUCACUUGUUACCAC